GUCCUCACCAUACAAGAGCACCAGAGCUCCGUCGUGUCCGUCGCCAUCUCCCCCUCGGGCAAGCAGAUCGCCUGCUCCAGUGCCGACGGCACCGUCGUUGUCUGCAGCACGAAGACAGGCGAGGUCCGCUCCGUCCUCCGAGGCCACUUUGAGCAGGUCUCGUCCGUCUGCUACAGCCCCAGCAGCGACAUGCUUGCUAGUGUUGGGUGGGAUCAGAGGAUGUGCAUGUGGAACGUGAAGACCUGGGAAGAGUUCGCAGCUCCUCGCUCCUUCGCCACCAUCCUCAACACAGUCACCUUCUCCCCGCAAGCCUCCUACAUCGCUGUAGCUGGAGGAGAGCUGGGAGGGAGCGAGGAGUCCAUCUUUGUGUGCUAUGCUAGGACGGGGGAGCUGAAAGCGUCGCUGCGGGGGCACGAGGGGGGCAUCACCUGCCUGCAGUUUCAUCCCAACGACGAGCAGCUGGUCGCAUCCUCCAGCUACGACGAGACCGUGAGGAUCUGGAGCCUGACCACCAACCGCGAGCUCCUCGCCUACACCAAGCAUGCUGACUGGGUGCGCGCUGUAAGCUUCAACCCCUCGUCCUCGGACGAGCUGGCAAGCGCUGGUGAGGACAGGACAGUGCGGGUGUGGGAGAUUCAGACUGGCGAGGAUCGGCUCGUGCUGAAAGGGCAUGCACGGGAGAUCCACGCGGUUGCGUGGACCAGGGACGGAGAGUUUCUUGCGAGUGGCAGCGAGGACAAGACGAUUCGGCUGUGGAGAAGGCGAGACGGGGCUGUGCAUGCUGUGUUCCGGGGGCACGAGAAGAGGAUCAACUCGCUCUGCUUCAACGGGGACGGCAGGAUACUUGUGUCCGGGUCGAGCGAUCAUGCCGUCAAGAUCUGGGUGGUGGAACGGGAUCAGCCGCAGGAGGAGGAUGAGGAGGCGCACACAGGAAAAAUUUUCAAGAUUGCCUUCAGUCACGAGGAGCCCAGGAGGUUGGCGACGUGCAGCUCCGACACUACCAUCCAAGUCUGGAACUUUGAAACCGGCGAGCCCAGCAGCGCCGGGCUGGGAGGACACGCUGACUAUGUCCUGGACGUGAGCUUCAGCCCUCACAAGCCCAGCAUGCUGGCCAGCUGUAGCUCAGACAUGACGGUUCGACUCUGGGACCUCGACAAGCGAGCCAUGCUGCUCCCUCCCUUGCAGGGGCACCAGGGAGCCGUCUGCUGCGUCCUCUUCCACCCCAGCGACCCUGGGGUGCUGGCAAGCGGCAGCGCCGACAGCACGGUGAGGGUGUGGGACAUCAGCAGGGGGGAGCUGAGGAGGACGCUCAGGGGGCAUGACAGCGGAGUCGCCUCCCUGGCCUGCAGCCCGUCGAGCCCGAACGUGCUGGCGAGCGGAGGGCAGGACGGGCGGAUAAAGCUCUGGCACUUCCUGGAGGGAUCGCCAGCAGGAUCUGACCUGGUGGGGCACGAGAGCUCGGUGGACCACUUGCGGUUCCCCCGACCGGGGACGCUGCUUAGCUGCAGUCAAGACGGGAUGCUGAUGAUGUGGGAUGUA